GUUCAGAGGGUUGCUAUGGACUCAAUGGGCCGAAUGGUCUGCUUUCACACUGGGGAUUCUAUGAAGAAGUCAGCCUCUGUAGCCAUUGAUUGGAGAGCGUUCCACGUUUCCCUCCCUGUCCAUUCCAGGUGUGGUUUCCUGUGUUCACUCUGACUCUCUGGGAAUGGUGUCUGGUUUGAGGGAGUGACCGAUGCGUGUUGUGGUGGGAGUGGGAGUCACCACAGACUGAGCUCGGUUUGGACUCCCUCCAGCCUCCGGAACGUGUCUUUGCCCAGGGUUCAGAGGCUGGGCUCUGGGAGGGUGUUGGAGAUCAGGGGGGGGAGGUGACAGUCAGUGUUCUUUGUGCCUGCAGAACGUGGUCGCGAGCCCCUCCAGCCCCAGCCAGUCUUACCAAGGCUGCCGAGGCAGUGCCAACACGUGUGCCAUCAGGGAGAGUACCGAGAGGACGCCUCCAAAGAUGAUGUAUGCAUCGAUCCAGCCGUCCUCGAAUGCAGUACGCAAUCUGGAGUCCUCGUCCUCGUCCUCCUCCUUCGAGUAUGGUGAGAAUUCGGGCACUCAGGCAAAGGCUGUCGGCAUUGGCCACCGGCUGUUGGACUGUGAGGAGGGGACAGACGAGAGGUCUGGAGACGCCGCUGAGACGGAGCAGGAGGAUGAGGGGGAAGAGGAGGAGGAAGAGGAUGAGGAGGAGGAGGAGGAAGAGGAAGAGGAGGAGGAUGGCUCGGACAUCCCGAUGGAGGCCCGCUCGCAAUGCGACUCCAGCGAUGACGACCUGCCACUCUCCUACCUGCGCUCGUCGGUCAACAGCUACUUCGGGGCGAUGGGCAGACUGGCACGGGGGGAGACUGUGCGGAUCCUGGCCCGCCGGCUCACCCUGGACAACAAAGUGCAGUACCUGGUGGAGUGGGGUGGCCCCUCCAUAUUUUAGCUCCCCCCUCCCCGGAGAGUCGCACCUGAGGGGGAGGGGGCGCAGUGAGGAAGGGGUUGUGUUGGGGGGGGGGGGUGGUUUGCGGGUCCGAGGAACCAACUGCCAAACCUUGAAACAGCUUUCCCCGAACCAGGCAUCCAUUCGGCAUCAGGAGCGCGGUUUUUAAACUGCACGCAUUUUGUUUUUGUAAUUUUUUUUCUCAGUUCUUCGGGCCUUAUUCCGUUAGCCUUUCCGCUCAGGCUUUUAUGGUAUGCACCCCCCCCCACCCCCACCCAAACGCAAGUGUGAGUGCUAAUGGAGGUGCCACGGGGACUGUCACUGAGAGAUUUUAAUAUCACAAGAGCCCUCUUGAGUAAAGGCAAGCGAGACUGAUGGUGCAGGGAGUCUGAGAGACGAGAGGGAUGUAGGUUGUGCUGGGCCCAGAGUCUCUGAGAGAAAUGGACAGAAAGGUGCAGUGGGACUGUGUCGGGGAUCUUGGGUCAAGUGUAUGAAACUGUGCAAGCGAUACUGGGGAACUGUGUGUGCAUUGGACACUGGGGGAUGUGUAUGGGACUGUGUGGGGGACACUGGGGACUGUGUAUGGGACUCUGCGGGACACUGGGGACUGUGUAUGGGACUCUGCGGGACACUGGGGACUGUGUAUGGGACUGUGUGGGGGAC